AUGGAAACUACCACUUCCCACAAUGUGACCUCCCACUCAACCGAAACCCCGCACGACACUUCGAAAUACCAAGAUGACAGAAACUUUACUUCGGCAAUUGUUGACGAGCAAACGAUUGGGGCCGAACAGGGACAGCAGGAAGAAUCACCAGCCCUACAGCAAUCCACAUCUACCAAACAGGUUUCGACAUCUGACUUGCCCGAGGAACUGCGAAUAUCUCAUGUCAAAGGGCUAUCACUACUGGACCAACAACAAUACGCAUAUGCCACAGAAAUGCUCCGAGAAGCCUUUGAACUGCGCAAACAUAAUCUUGGUACCCAUCAUGCAGACACGUUGGCUUCUCUUUGUGCAUUGGGCGAUGCUCUUUUUGGCCAGGAAAAGUACGCAGAAGCCGAAUCAGCAUAUCGUGAUGUCUGGAUGAGACGAAAGAGAGUUCUUGGCCAGGAGCACGAAGAUACGCUUUUAUCUCUUCAUAAGCUGGGUGGAGCUCUAUUUGCUGAAGAAAAAUAUGUCGAAGCUGAAAGCAUGUUUCGGGAUGCCUGGGAGACUCGUAAGCGAGCUUUUGGUAUCUACUCAGAAGGCACGCUUAUUUCUCUUGGCAGGUUAGGCGAUGCUCUUUAUUAUCAGAAAAGAUAUGCCGAAUCCGAAGUUGUAUAUCGUGACGUCUGGAAAUUACAGAGGCGAGUUCUCGGAGAGGACCACAAAAAUACACUUUUCUUUCUAUAUCGGCAGGGUAGAGCUUCAUUUUUGCAAGUUAAGUAUACCGAAGCUGAACGCAUAUUCCAAGACGCUUGGGAAGGUCGCAAGAAAACGCUUGGGGAAGACCACGAAGAUACGCUCGAUUCCCUUGCGGCAUUGGGUAAUGCUGUCUAUCGCCAACAAAAAUACCUUGACGCACAAGUCUUAGACCAAGAACUUUGGUUAGCGCGGAAGCGAGCUCUUGGCGAGAACCAUAGAAGGACGCUUAGCUCUCUUCAUCUUCUAGGCAGAACUUUCUACAUUCAAGGGAGGUACACUGAAGCGGAAAGUAUAUACCGGGACGCCUGGGAAGGUCGCAAACAAGCUCUUGGAGACGAGCAUAAAGAUACGCUGGAUUCUCUUUAUUGGCUAGGCCGGACUCUCCAUCAACAAGAAAAGUAUGCCGAGGCCGAAGUUGUGUUCCGAGAUAGCUCGAACGGACAAAAGCAAAGUCUCGGUGAACACGAUCAUCAUACCCUGGAUUCGCUUCAUUGGCUAGGUUUGGCUCUUGAAAAACAAGAAAUGUUUGUCAAAGCCGAAGCUAUAUUCCAAAACGUCUGGGAGAGACGAAAACGAGCCCUCGGUGAACACCACAAAGAUACGCUGGACUCUCUUUAUUGGCUAGGCCAGACUCUCUAUCAACAAGAAAAGUAUGCCGAGGCCGAAGUUGUGUUCCGAGAUAUCUCGAAACAACGAAAGCGAACUGUCGGUGAACAGGAUCAACAUUCGCUGGAUUCUCUUUAUUGGCUGGGUUUGGCUCUUGAAAAACAGAAAAAUUAUAAAGAAGCCAAAGAUGUAUACCGAGAGACAUGGUGGGGCCAAUCGCAAGUCCUUGGUGACAGACACCCACACACAUCACGUUCCUAUAAUCAAUUCAUGCGAUGCCCCGUGCCUCAAGAGUUUUCUGCUUCUUUUGAGCAAACGGAGGCUCGAACAGAAGCACAAACCUCAGCUCAAGCUCAGACAACACCAUUGAAGAAGACCGGUGUUUGGAGAGUUCUGCGCUUUCGAAAACCAAGCGCAAGUCCCGACGGAAGCUCACAAACGCCAUGA